GACACAUGCUUCUGCAAGCUUCCAUGAAGGCUGUGAAAAAAGUUUUAAUACAGAGUUGGAUUACAGCUCUCGAGCUCAAAACAUUGGCCGUUACACUACCAUCUUAAAAGGCUGCUGUAACACAGAGCAUGGAAUAGAGCAGAUUUCUUGCAUUUUCUGGACCACCGAUGGAUUUUGAAUGUCCCUUUGUGCCUUAAUGGAAGAUAUAUUAACGUCAUUACCUGAUCACUUGUGAGCCUCUAUGUGUAUAUAUACAGAAAUAUAUCUAUUUAAAUACUUAUAACAAUUUUCUUUCAAGUCUAUCUAAAAUCUGCUUUAGGAAACAACAUUCUCUAGAUGAACUUACAAUUGUUUUGAGCAGUAAAGAACCAGAUAUUUACUCUCAUAUGUUGGAAUCCUUUGUCAGAUUAUAAGAGAAAUCCUGGAAGCUUUUAUUUUCUGCAUUGCUGACAGAGAAAUGCAUUUUGAAACAGACACAUCUAGCUGUGUGAUGACGACUGCGUAGUAACCUGUGGAUUUUAAACAUCAGAAUGUACAAACUGUGGGCAACUGUGAAUAUUUUCAUAGUUUCUUUUCUACAUCUGCCACAAGGAUCUGGCUAUGAGAAUGGAUCUGUGAAGAGGACAUCUCUGUCAGCAUUGGAGCGGUCAGAACAGCAGAUCAGGAGAGCAUCCAGCCUGGAAGAGCUGCUUCGCAUCACUCACUCUGAAGACUGGAAGCUGUGGAAAUGCAGGCUAAAACUCAAAAGUUUGGCCAAUUUAGAUUCUCGUUCUGCAUCACAUCGCUCCACCAGAUUUGCUGCUGCUUUCUAUGAUAUUGAUACGCUGAAAGUCAUAGAUGAGGAAUGGCAAAAGACGCAAUGUGUGCCAAGGGAAACCUGCGUGGAAGUUGCCAAGGAGCUGGGUACAACAACCAACAAAUUUUUCAAGCCUCCCUGCGUAAACGUGUUCAGAUGUGGAGGCUGCUGCAAUGAAGAGAGUCUGAGCUGCAUGAAUACAAGUACAACCUAUGUGUCAAAAACGCUUUUUGAGAUCUCAGUUCCCUUGACAAGUGUUCCUGAGCCCGUGCCAAUCAAAAUUGCCAAUCACACAGGCUGUAAGUGUCUGUCAAAUACCCCACGUCAUCAGUACACCAUCAUACGAAGAUCUGUCCAGUACUCGGAAGAAGAAGAUGGAUGCCCCUUUACCAACAAACAUUGCCAUAAUGGAUGGAUCUGGGAUAGUGACAAAUGUGAAUGUGUUGUAGAUGUACAGCACCCCAACAGACGAGAAGAACUCCCUCCUCUUGCUGAACUGGCUAUGUGUGGACAACAUAUGGAAUUUGAUGAAGAAAAUUGUGAAUGUGUCUGUAGACAGAAGUGUCCCACAAAUUUCUUUCAAAGUAAAGAGAACUGCAGCUGCUAUUUGUGUAGGGAGAACCAGGAGAGCUGUGCUCUAAAAUACAAGAUAUUUCAUGCUGAAACCUGCAGCUGUGAGGAAAAAUGCCCAUCCCAACCCAGAACAUGCCCAACUGCAAAACCAACGUGUCCCAGGCAUUGUCGUUGUCAGAAGGAAAAGAGAGGUUCUCAUGGGUCUCAAAGCAGGGAAACUCCAUGAAUGAACUCCUGCUAUUCUCUGAAAACCCACUGCUUUGCAAAGUAGCUGUCACUGACUUUCAAACAAUAGUAAACAUGAACAUCUUCCACAUUAGUAGCAGAAGAAUGAAUCCAGUCUGCAUUUAUUUAUAAGAGUAAUCAUUAACUGCAGGUGAAUCCUCUGGGACUGGUAAUUGUUCUCUACAAGGUAACAAAACCAGAUGAAUUGCUGGCUGUGUGGAAGAAGGAGUUGAAAUUGCCAGCUCAAUGUCACGCUAUGGAAGAUGAAGCUGGCAUAUUGGUGAAAGAGCCACAGUCACCAGACAGUGUUUCAGAAAUUGAGACUAGAUAAUCUUAGCCUCCAAAACCUUAGUUAAUGCAGCUCCUGGGUGAAACUUUCUUCAGAGAUUCAGUGUACAGUAUUUGGCUUCUAAUAGGUUCAGCACUGAGUUAUUUGAUCUACUGUCCAGCUUUGAUUAUCAUUUGGAGUUUAUUGUACAACUACUGUCAGAAGUGCCAUAUUUAAGUGUAUAUAAGAAAAUAAAUGCGGCAGUUAUUCGA